AUGUGUAUGGUCAUAUUUGCUCCGGUCUUGGCCAUUUUUGCAUUCGCAACAUGUGGAGGUUACUCUGGUCAGCUGAGGGUGAGAGUGGACUGUGCGGACAAGACCCAGACCAACAUCACCGUCAGCUUUGGCUAUCCUUUCAGGUUUGAACAAGUGCAUUUCAAAGUGCCUCUGUGCGAGCUUCAGAGACAUGAAGUACUGUUUUUGGAGGGCGACUUUUCCACUCCUGCACAGUUUUUUGUGGCAGUUGCUGUCUUUGCUUUCCUAUACUCCCUCCUGGCCACCGUUGUUUACUUUUUCUACCAGAACAAUUAUCGAGAAAAGAACAGGGGCCCUCUUUUGGACUUUCUGGUGACAGUGAUUUUCUCCUUCCUGUGGCUGCUGAGCUCGUGUGCUUGGGCCAAAGCUCUCUCGGGGGUGAAGGAAACCGUAGAUAGCACCCAGGUCUUAUUCCUCAUGGCUGCUUGCAGAGAGACGGCCAAUGAGUGUGAAGCUUUGGAGAAACCAGUCUGGACUCGCCUCAACACAUCUGUGGUAUUUGGAUUUUUAAACAUCACAUUGUGGGCUGGCAACAUCUGGUUUGCCUACAAAGAGACCGGCUUACACAAAACCCGCCAGAGACCCACCAGGACCCUCUCAGAGAAACAGAGCAGUUUCAGUCAACGGCAAUACAGCCAGGGCAGCUUUGACCAAUCAGGACCAUCCCUUGGCCAACAGCUGUAUCGCCAGGUCAGCUUUGACCAUUCAGCAGGAGGCUUUAGCCUUCCAAACAGCAGCCUGAGUCCGGCCUCCGUCUUUACCUCCUCCUCCAGAGGACCACUCAUACUGAUCAAUGACAUGUAA